AUGCCCGGCCUGAGGAGCAGCCCAAAGGUUAGUUGUGAGAAACCAAAUCAGGGCACCGGGGGGGAAUCACCGAUGCCUCCGAGGAAUUUGGUGACCCCAGAAAGCCCGUCUCUUCCCAAAGACUCUGCCUCUGUCAGCACCUCCCUUCAAGCUUUACCCGAAGAGGACCAUACAAACCCAUCUUUUGUGUCUGCUCUCCUGCGUUCCUUGCUGGCCGCCGACCUCUGGGCCUCCAAACAGCUGGGGGUGUGCGCUCAAGAGGAUUCGGCUUGGGCUAGUGCCCGUCCACUCAUGAGGAUCUUAGAGGUCUCGGGACACGCUGUCCUCUGGCUAGCUGGCACCGCGUGUGGCCUCUACAUAAGUGAUAGUCCGGCAGGCAGAGAGGUGCUGAUCAACUUGCUCUUUGCUCUGGUGCUCGAUCUAAUUUUGGUGGGGGUGCUGAAAGGGCUGGUAAGAAGGAAGCGCCCAGCCUACAACAAGAUGGACAUGUUUGCCACCGUCUCCGUAGACAAAUAUUCCUUCCCGUCGGGCCACACCACCCGAGCGGCCAUGGUUUCCAGAUUCAUUCUCCACCACCUUACGAUGGCUGCCCCUCUGCAAGUCCUGGUGGUCCUCUGGGCCCUCGUCGUGGGGAUUUCCCGGGUAAUGCUGGGCAGACACCACGUGACUGAUGUGAUCUUUGGACUGGCCAUGGGCUACGUGCAGUACAGCGUGGUGGAGUACUUCUGGUUGUCCCCCCUCACCGCUCCGUCUCUCUUUGCUGUGUGGAGCCAGCCCAAGUGCUUAUCGUACAACUUGUAA